AUGAAUCCUGAGCUCAUCUCUUCAGCAACUACAGGGCCACCCACAAUGGUUGUGCCUAAGGGGACUUUUCUGGUGAUGCCCACAACAUUUAAGGGUCCUUGCAAAUUCCAGAAAGUUUUUGUUCAGAUUGAAGGGACUGUGAUUGCACCGAACGAUCCCAGGAAAUGGAGAGGAAUUGAUCCCACUCUCUGGUUACAGUUUGAGUCUGUUAGCAAACUCAAUGUAUCUGGUUCGGGUGAAAUAAAUGGUCGAGGGCAAAAUUGGUGGAAGCAAUCAUGCAAAAUUAGCCCUAAAGCGGCAAUAAAGUUUGCGGAUUGUUCUGAUCUUUGGGUGACAAACCUGCGCUCUGUCGACAGCCAACAAUUCCAUAUAUCCAUCUUAAACAGUCAAAGGGUAACUAUUUCGAACCUAAAGAUUGUUGCUCCUGGACUUAGCCCCAAUACUGACGGUAUCCAUAUUCAAAAUUCACAACAUGUGCGAGUCGAGAAAUCAGUCAUAGGAACAGGUGAUGAUUGCAUAUCUAUUGGAACUUCUGUUUAUGAUGUUCAUAUAGAGCAAAUUGCCUGUGGACCAGGCCAUGGCAUCAGCAUUGGAAGCUUAGGGAAGUACGGGACUGAAGCUACGGUAGAAGAUGUCUUUGUUAGGUUCUCAAACUUUUACGAAACAACCAAUGGAGUAAGAAUCAAGACAUGGCAGGGAGGUAAGGGGUUUGCAAGAGGCAUCAGUUUUGAGCAUUGCAACUUCACCAAUGUAGAUAAUCCAAUAAUCAUUGACCAAUAUUAUUGUGAUGGCGUUCCUGGCAAGUGCAAGAAUCAGACUAUUCGGUUUUAUGCUAAGAAAAACACAAUUCGGGUCAGCAAUGUUACCUAUUCGAACUUGCAAGGAACUUCAAGGACCCCUGCUGCAAUAAGUCUUAACUGCAGCCAAAGUGUACCAUGCAAUUUGCUGCAAUUCGACAUGGUGAAUCUCAUCUCAUCAGAUCACAAGAUUAACCCGCAAGCCUACUGUAUUAAUGCCCAUGGCAACGCCAAGGGCUUCAUAAAUCCGAAGAUUUCAUGUCUUCAAUGA